UUUCAAAGAGUUCCAAGAAUUUGGACAAAGCUAUGCAAUUCAAUUCGAGCUUCUUCUUGUUCUUCCAUGUCCAAAAAAAUGUGUGGUCUGCUUUAAGUCGAAGGCUUCAACGGUCAAGAACAGCUCGCUUCUCGGUAUGGUGGCUCCCACUUUCCCUCCAAAAUCUCCCUCCCAGACGGAGAUACUCCGAAUCUUCUUCUUCUUCUUCUUCUCCGCAUCUGGGUCUCUCUUUAUUUCGCAAUUUCGAAGCAGAAAUCAGUUUCAGAGAGGAAGUAACGAGUGAGUGAGAUUUGAGAAUGAGAGCUCUGAAUUCGCAGUUUGUGCUGAUUGAUCUGCACAGUUCAUGGCAUUCGGCGAACCAAAUCCCGAUUUCGACCCUCACGUAUCUGCAAAACUCCCAUUUCGUUUCGAAAUUGUCCCCGUCGUUUCGUCGAACACGCCUCGGCUCCGUCGUUUCAUUCCCCAGAAAUUCGCAGGCCGUCCGAUCGGUUGUUUUCGGGAAAUGGGUUGUUGACGAAUCUGUCGAGUUCGAGUUCCAACUUGGAUUCGGACUCCGCGUCGACUUCCUCGCUGGCGGAGGCUUCUGCGGAGCUGGAGAUGUUUAUUGAACUUCUGCCUUCGGGGAUGAGGAAGCAGCUGAGCUCGCAUGCUGAGUUCCGGGAAUUGAUUGAGGUGGUCAUGGAUUUGGGAAGGAACCCUAUUGCUAGGUUUCCGUCGGGGGAUUGGGCCAUUUCGGAACAGCCCGUGAAGCACGAAGAUCUAAGCCAUGCGAUAUCGAAGGUUGGAGACUUUUCAGACGAUAACCGAUCGGGCAUGGACAGAUCUUUGCAUCGGAUAAGUGCAAUUCGAAAUCGUAAAAUGCAAAUUAUUGGCCUCACUUGUCGGGUGGGACGUGCUGUCUCUGGAAGUGCUGAGAUCAUUCAUGAUUUGGUAGAGGGUGGAGGUUCCAUCUUGGUCAUUGGACCACCAGGAGUUGGCAAAACCACGUUAAUCAGAGAAAUUGCUCGGAUGUUGGCAGAUGACCACAAGAAACGUGUUGUUAUUGUAGAUACUUCCAAUGAAAUUGGAGGUGAUGGAGAUGUUCCUCAUGCAGGAAUAGGCAGUGCGAGGAGGAUGCAAGUCCCUAAUGUUAAUAUGCAGCAUACGGUUAUGAUCGAAGCAGUGGAGAACCACAUGCCCGAAACCAUAAUAAUUGAUGAAAUUGGAACAGAGCUUGAAGCACUAGCUGCCAGCACAAUUGCUCAAAGAGGGGUUCAGCUAGUAGGGACAGCACACGGUAUCACCAUUGACAACAUAAUAAAAAAUCCAUCGUUGCAGAUCCUUGUUGGUGGCAUUGAGAGUGUGACCCUUGGUGAUGAGGAAGCAAGGAAAAGAAAAGUGCAGAAGACAAUUCUUGAGAGAAAAGGGCCUCCUACUUUUACUUGUGCAGUUGAGAUGAUAUCCAAAACUGAAUGUCGUGUUCAUCACAGAUUAGAUACGACAGUUGAUGCAAUAUUAGCAGGAAAAACCCCUCUUUUUGAAGUACGUCAUGUGGAGACUUAUGCUAACCAUUCUAUGGAGCCGUCUCCAAAUCUUGAAAAGAGUCUUCAAGAAAGAUUACAUUCAAAAGAUGAUAACAUCAUUGCUGAUAAUGAUUUUGACAUGGAAGUACGUCACGUGGAGAGUUAUGCUAACCGUUCUAUGGGGCCAUCUCCAAAUCAUGAAAAGAGUCUUCAAGAAAAAUUACAUUCAAAAGGUGAUAACAUUGUUGCUGAUAAUGAUUCUGACAUGGAAGACAUGGUUCACUUUCCUCGUCAGUCUAAGAGCAGAACUGUGAGCAAAAGAAGCUCACCAGUGCGAGUCUAUACUUAUAAGAUUCUUGAAUUGGAUCUACUUCAAGUUGCACAAGUAUUGGGGCUUGAGAAUGAAAUAGACGUAACUGAUGACAUUGAAGCAGCUGAUGCAAUAUUGGCAUCCAGUGAUGAAAUUAAGCAGAACCCAUGGAUCCGAAGUGUAGCAAAAUUUCACCACGUGCCCGUCUUCGUAAUCAAGUCAAACACUAUGGCUCAAAUGGUCAAGGCAAUUCGCAUGAUUAUAAAGAUAGACUCCACUGCUAGAUCAGAGAAACCACCAAAAACCCCCGACAUUGUAAUAGAAGAUGAUGCACCAAAAAGAAAGCCAUCCCUUGAAGAGAUAGAUGCAUUGGAGGAAGUUAGACUUGCCAUCGAGUAUAUUGUCAUUCCUGGUGGAGAGCCAGUCGAGCUUCUACCUCGAUGUUCUGAAAUAGUCGCCCGACAGCUUGAACUUGUGGAGAGCUAUCAGUUAGCAGCUGAAUACUCCGCUACUGAGGGGAACCCCAGGUUGCAGAUUCUUCCUCUAAGGUUGAAGAACAAGAAUCUUAGAGAACAAAAAUCGAAAUCACUGACUGGCAACAGGACCGGUAUCGCAAGGCUCCCUUUGCUGCCUGAAUGAAGUUUAAGUUUAACCAAAUCUCCAAACAUGGUACAGUUCUAUUGUUUUCUGGUCAAUACAAUUGCCAAUUCAUGUACAGGCAUGUAAAUUAUACAUAUAUGUAUAUCUCAUUAACAUAAUUAUUUAUAUCUUAUGAGUUCUUCCAUCCUGGUUAUACUUGUACAACAUUGUAAAGAAUUCCUUCAAUCAAACAGAGAAAUGACUGUUCUAGUGUUAAAAGUUCAAGCAACUUUUACUCCCCUUUUUACUUCUUUUGAUGGAUAAAGAAGACAAAAAAUGAAGAAUCUGCACUUUUUUUUAUCA